AUGGCGCAGUCGCUGUCCCUAAAGGAGAGAGCGAAGAGGAAAGAGCGAGUUCUAAGCUUCCUGCGCAAAAUUCGCUCUUGUACCAAGUUUCAACGGAAUGUACCCUCGCUGUGCGGACAACGCAAGUGUCCUGUGGGCUAUACCGGCGGCAAUUGCCAGCAGCUGGUUGUGGACAAGGAGCCACCAGUCGUCGAGCACUGCCCUGGCGAUCUGUGGGUCAUAGCCAAGAACGGUUCGGCCGUCGUCACCUGGGAUGAGCCACACUUCAGCGACAAUAUUGGCGUCACGAAGAUCUACGAACGCAAUGGACAUCGCUCGGGCACGACCCUCCUCUGGGGCACCUACGAUAUCACCUACAUUGCCUCCGAUGCGGCUGGCAAUACGGCUUCCUGCAGCUUUAAGGUUUCGCUGUUGACUGACUUCUGCCCUGCCUUGGCUGAUCCCGUGGGUGGCUCGCAGGUCUGCAAGGACUGGGGCGCAGGCGGACAGUUCAAGGUGUGUGAGAUUGCCUGCAAUGCUGGUCUACGCUUCUCCGAACAAGUGCCCGAAUUCUACACCUGCGGAGCCGAGGGCUUCUGGCGUCCCACGCGCGAACCCUCGAUGCCUCUGGUCUAUCCAUCCUGCUCGCCCUCGAAGCCCGCGCAGCGUGUGUUCCGCAUCAAGAUGCUCUUCCCCUCGGAUGUGCUGUGCAACAAGGCGGGACAGGCAGUGCUGCGGCAGAAGGUGACGAACUCUGUGAAUGGAUUGAACAGGGACUGGAACUUCUGCUCGUAUGCCAUCGAGGGAACGAGAGAGUGCAAGGACAUUCAGAUCGAUGUCAAGUGCGAUCAUUACAGAGGGGCGCAGAACAAUCGCGUGCGUCGCCAGGCCAAGGACGGCGGUGUCUAUGUGAUGGAGGCGGAACUGCCGGUGGUCAACGAUGAGGAUGACGAUCUGGCAUUGACGGGUCGCCAGGGACGCCAACAAACUGGCGGUGAUACAUACACCCUGGAGAUAGCCUUCCCGGCUGUAAACGAUCCUGUGGUCCAUACAUCGACGGGCGAACGCUCGAGUGUCAAGCAGCUGUUGGAGAAACUCAUCCUCGAGGACGAUCAGUUUGCCGUGCAGGAGAUCCUGCCCAACACAGUGCCCGAUCCGGCCUCCCUGGAGCUCGGCUCGGAGUAUGCCUGUCCCGUGGGUCAGGUGGUGAUGAUACCCGACUGUGUGCCCUGUGCCAUUGGCACCUACUACGACAGUGCCAACAAGACGUGUAUUGCCUGUGCGCGCGGCACCUAUCAGUCGGAGGCGGGCCAGCAGCAGUGCAGCAAGUGUCCGGUGAUUGCAGGACGUCCUGGAGUCACGGCUGGACCUGGAGCCCGGUCGGCGGCCGACUGCAAGGAACGCUGUCCGGCUGGCAAGUAUUUCGAUGCGGAGACAGGUCUGUGCCGCUCAUGCGGCCAUGGAUUCUAUCAGUCGAACGAGGGAGCCUUUGGCUGCGAUCUGUGCGGCCUGGGUCAGACCACCCGCUCCACGGAGGCGACCUCGCGCAAGGAGUGCCGCGACGAGUGCAGCUCUGGCCAGCAGCUCGGCGCCGAUGGUCGCUGCGAGCCCUGCCCGCGCGGAACCUAUCGCCUGCAGGGCGUACAGCCCUCGUGCGCCGCCUGUCCCCUGGGACGCACCACACCCAAGGUGGGUGCCAGUUCCGUGGAGGAGUGCACCCUGCCUGUUUGCUCGCCCGGAACCUAUCUGAAUGCCACCCUCAAUAUGUGCAUUGAGUGCAGGAAGGGCUUCUAUCAGUCCGAGUCGCAGCAGACCGCCUGCAUCCAGUGCCCGCCCAAUCACAGCACCAAGAUCACCGGCGCCACCUCCAAGAGCGAAUGCACCAAUCCCUGCGAGCACAUAGCCGAGGGCAAGCCCCACUGCGAUGCGAAUGCCUACUGCAUCAUGGUACCAGAGACCUCGGACUUCAAGUGCGAGUGCAAGCCGGGCUUCAAUGGCACGGGCAUGGCCUGCACGGAUGUGUGCGACGGCUUCUGCGAGAACUCGGGCGCCUGUGUCAAGGACCUGAAGGGUACACCCUCUUGCCGUUGCGUCGGCUCCUUCACCGGACCCCAUUGCGCCGAGCGUUCGGAGUUUGCGUACAUCGCCGGCGGCAUUGCCGGUGCGGUGAUCUUCAUUAUCAUCAUUGUCCUGCUCAUUUGGAUGAUAUGCGUGCGCUCGACGAAGCGCCGUGAUCCAAAGAAGAUGCUAACACCCGCCAUCGAUCAAACGGGCUCCCAGGUGAACUUCUACUAUGGCGCCCACACACCUUACGCGGAGUCCAUAGCCCCCUCGCACCACAGCACCUAUGCGCACUACUACGACGACGAGGAGGAUGGCUGGGAGAUGCCCAAUUUCUACAACGAAACGUAUAUGAAGGAUGGUCUGCAUGGGGGCAAGAUGAGCACAUUGGCCAGGUCGAAUGCCUCGCUUUAUGGAACUAAAGAAGACUUAUACGAUCGACUGAAACGUCAUGCCUACACGGGCAAGAAGGAAAAGAGUGAUAGUGAUAGCGAAGUUCAGUAAACAAUAAACAACGAAAGCAUAUGUAAUUAAAAGCUGCUUUAAUGUAAAAUGUGGUCAUAAAAAAAUAUAACAAAAAAUACACACACACACACACAGACAGAUCAAGGGAAUGUUCCAACACUGCCCCCCAAAAUACUCAUUGGAGGGAGAGCCUUGCAUUGAAUCAACGUAAUUGCUGUGAACAAAAUCAUCUAUCGAAUCCGAGUCCAAAUGUCAGCCAAUAACAGCAGCAAUUACGUGGCUUAAUGCCAGGCUCGAAGAGAGAGAGAGCUGCUCGA